AAAAAAUAACCACCCCGUAAUAAUAAAAUCUUGUUACAUUUUUGAUAUUGAUUAAGUAUAAUUUAUUGUUUAUCCAGAUUAUAGAAAAUAUUUUUUAAAUAAAUAAACAUAAUUUGUUAUAUUUUAUUUUAGGAAAAUACAUUAAUUAAACUAUAAAAGACAAAAAUACUAAAAGGUAGGUAAAUUUAUUAUUUCAGUGGCAUUCAAAUGUAAAUAACUUUGAAAACUAAGGGGCAAUUUAUAUUGGUAUUUAUCUUUUAAUAAUAGAGAUAUAAUGUAAUGGUAUUACUCGUAAUUACUUUAUUUAAAUGGAAGUGAUUAACUAACUAAAGCCAACGUUAACCCUAUCCUCGUAAUGACUUUAUUUAAAUGGAAGUGGUUAACUAACUAAAGCCAACGUUAACCCUAUCCUCUUUGUUUUGCACCUUCCUCAUGCACAAGCCUCUUGUCCGAUAGUUCAAAGAUUCCAUGGCGGUGAAUACUUUUAAAUUUUUAAUUCUUCAUCACACUCUUAAUAGUAUACGUGCUAAUCCAAAAUUACGCGAAUAUUAUUUUAAAACUAACAUACCAGACAAAAUUAAUCAUUUUAAAAGGUCAACUAUGCCUAGUAUAUGAUUUCAUUAUCCUUUUAACUACAGAAAUGUUUUGAACUUCUGACCCAAAAAAGAUUUAAAUCCAAUAUUAUCCUCACACAAUUGAUCGAGCUAAUCUAUAUAUUAUUUGCACUGACCCAAAUAAAACAUCUCACUGUAGUACCAACGGGUCUAGGAGAUUUGCAUUUUAAGCCAAUUCGUUUAUAUUUUUCAAUAAAUUAGUUGUUCUUUAAUAACAAAAGUCACAUUUUAGGUUAAUUGUAAAUCCAUUAAUCAGCUACAAAAUUUGCAAAUCUCACUAAAUGAAUCAGAAAAAACACUAACCGAGUUCUUUACUUAGCUACAUAUCAUCUGAUUAUAACGAAGAUAGCUUCGCUCACAAGGAUACAAGAGAACAAUGAAAAUAUGUAUUGUUCAAUGGACCGACUCGUCUACAUCAUAAUGCAACUAACUGUUAUUUAAUGAUUAACUAUAUCAACUUAUAAUACUAAUAUAAUUCCCAUAAAUUCCGGCGUCGUGUGCCGAACUUGCUCGUCAGAAUUCUUAUUCCCAAGACUUUCUGGCCUAUAUAUACAACCCUUUAAUCCGAAACUCAAAACACAGCACACACAGCAAACAAUAACAACUCUAACAAAACUCAAACACUUUCUUGAUUAGUAUUAUCAGAAACACAAAAUGGGUCGUGGUUAUAAUCUACUAUUCAUUCUAGUAACGUUUUUAGUAUUGAUUGCAGCAGUAGCUGCACAAGGAAACAGUGGCUCGAGCCGUCGUGUUGGUCAGAGACCGCGUGUCGGGUUCUAUGGAAAUGGAUGCCGAAACGUUGAGUCCAUUGUGGCAUCGGUGGUUCGCAAACAUGUCCAGUCUAACCCGGCUAAUGCACCCGGGAUUUUGCGUAUGCAUUUUCACGAUUGCUUUGUCCGUGGCUGCGAUGGUUCGGUUCUUCUCGCUGGUAACAACACGGAGAGAACCGCUGGUCCAAACCGUUCAUUGAGAGGGUUUGAAGCUAUUGAAGAGGCUAAGACUAGGCUUGAGGCUGAGUGUCCUGGAAUGGUUUCUUGUGCUGAUAUCCUUACCCUUGCUGCUCGUGAGGCCGUUGUUUUGACUGGUGGACAAGGCUGGCGAGUGCCAUUGGGACGUCUAGACGGCCGAAUUUCGCAAGCCUCGGACGUGAUCUUACCCGGACCAAACGAUGCCGUGGACAAGCAGAAGCGAGACUUUGCUGCUAAAACUCUCAACACGCUAGAUCUCGUAACCCUUGUUGGCGGGCACACAAUAGGAACAGCUGGUUGCGGUUUGGUAAGAGGCAGAUUCUUCAACUUCAACGGCACAGGACAACCCGACCCAUCAAUCGAUCCAAGUUUUGUACCAUUGGUUCAGGCUAGUUGCCCUCAAACCGGAGACGCAUCAGCCCGAGUCGACUUAGACGAAGGUAGCGCUGGCAGCUUUGACACAUCGUUCCUAAGUAAAGUGAGGUCAAGCCGCGUGGUUCUCCAAUCCGAUCUCGUCUUGUGGAAUGACACCGAGACUCGAGCCAUCAUAGAACGCUUCUUAGGCUUACGCCGACCACCCUUGAGGUUCGGAACAGAGUUCGGGAACUCGAUGGUCAAGAUGAGUCUUAUAGAAGUUAAGACAGGAUCAGAUGGGGAGAUUCGUAGGGUUUGCUCUGCGAUCAACUAAGAAAGUGAAUUAAAGCACAACAUGCACGUGUGGUUUGGUUUAAUUUAAUGAUUUGGUUGCUUAAUAAUAAUUAGUUUGAUACAAUAAGCUUGUGAUUGGCAUUUUGUGGUUGAUGGUUACGUUAUAAUUAUUCAAGUGUAAGAUUUAUAUUAUGUAACAUGAAUGAAAUAAAUAAAAUUGUCAUUUGUUUUUUU